GGGUGCACAUGCCAGUUUGAAGAAGAUGUUACGGGAUUGCAAGGGUGACCUGGCCACUUCAUGGGAUGCGUCGCAUAGUUUGACAUGUAAUCGACAUACUGAAAUAUUAGCAUCGUUUGAGCGCAGUAUUCACAGAAUUGAUCACAUUUUCAUGUUCCCAUUUUACACAAAUAUUAGAGGAUUUGUGUUAAACAAAUGCCUGCAGCUCAUUGACGCUGAACAUAUAAGAAUGAAGUCCUACGGCGGAUGCGAUUGCUUGUUGAGAGAGACUCAUGGACUACCUUGCGGUUGUGAACUUGCAGGUUAUGAAAGAAUUCCAUAUGAGUCAAUUCAUCCAUUCUGGAAGAGACUGAGUUGGGAGCAUGUACCUGAACCUGUUGCAGAUACUACCAGCAACCAUAUUUGCGGCAUGAACCAUGGAGAUAUGCAACCCGAAGUUGAGGCAUUGUCACAUUAUUUCAGUUCUUUGGAUACUGGAGGGCAGAGUAUGGUAAGGAGGAAGCUUCAAGCGAUCAAUUGUCCUGAAAGCAGUUCACUUUGUACUCCUGCGGUUAAGAUAAGGUCCAAGCGCACUCUUAAGGCGAAUGAGAGAAUACCACCCAAGAAUAAAGCAAUAGGAUCCUUGACUCGUGAUCUUUCAGGUUUUGAACAUGUUGAUAGGGAGAUCAAAGAGGCAAAGAAGGCUUCACAACCACCAAAGAAGAAGAAGCGUGUGAAGAAGUCUGAUACAAGCUAUUUCAUGGGUCAUUUUCCAUCCUUUUUCCACCCAUAUAUACAAACAGUUCAGAAUGUUGAGGAUGAUGGUAACUGUGGCUAUAGAGCCGUUGCUGCAUUACUCGGACUACCAUCAGGUGAGGAAAGUUGGUCAUGUGUUAGGGCAGCGUUGAUAGAAGAACUUGAACGACAUAGAGGAUUGUAUGAUGAAAUGUGGUCCAGACAUGUGGUUAAUGCCUUACAUUCCCGACUCACUCUUCCUCAUGGUGAUCCGGCUACCGAGGAUAAAUGGAUGCAACUGUAUUUUUUGAUUGAGUACACUAACAUCCAAUUGGUGAAUUAA